AUGGUGAAAGAGAAUAUGGAAGUUAGUGCUUAUGGACAAAUGAACCCCAAUCCAUAUAAUUCAGUGGACAAUGAUUUGAUAAUAAUUUGUGUAGAUGAGGCCACGGGUUGGCAAACCACAGCCAGUGAACCCGCCACCUGUUUGGGUAACACGGCCACGUUCACAGGUUUGAGGACUGUCUCCACAUGCUUUCACACUCUGCAGCGGAGUCGGACCGUUGUGCCCGAGACCUGGUAUCAGCAAAUCCAAUAUUUACUCUCUAGCCCUUUAAGAACUUUGUCGACCCUUGUUCUAGAUGCACGAUCUUGGCCAAGUUACCCCAGUCAACCAAGUCCGGAAGCAGACGAUCCUCCUUUGGGCUCAUGGUCAGGAGGCCAGAGUAGUGUCCGCUGCUUCCGAACGCCUAGUCAUUCACCGCACUCCAUCUGCUCACGUAGGCAUGGUGUCGUCCUUCAUCACAAGAAGGAAUAUGGAUCUGAGAACGCUGUCUGGGCUUGGUGCCAAGCGCUGGUAUUUCAUAGCAGCGACCGCCUCACAGAUGAGCUGUGGGAAGCAGGAGGGAGACUCUCUCUUAGGGUGCCACUACUAUGGAGACACAGCUGGGCUGAACAAGAUUUGCUUCAAACGACAACAAGAGAGACAGAAAGUAUCUGGUUCAACCGCUGCCCAAGCAGGCAGGCACCAGAAGAGCUAGCAGCCAAUCCGGCCAUGCUCGAAGCCAGCUCUGCGGCUCAGCCAAUCAGUGACAUCACUGAGAUUUCAACUCCUGUGGAAUGAUUUAUGCAAAUUAUGUAUUGACAUUUGGGAGAGUUCCUGAAAUUUCUGUUUAAUGAGUGAAAUAAAU